AAAUGAGAGAAACCAUUGAUCGCAAGUAGAUCCAUUGCCUCCCAUUAUGUAUUUGUGGGGAGGCCUAACAAAACAAAACAACAAAAAGUGGAGAUGCAAAUGAAAUUACAUGCUUGUGUUGGAUCUGGAUAGAGUGUGAGAAGAUAUAUUGAAUCCGAAUUGGGUUUUGUCAAGCCCGUCCGUCUAAGCAAAAUAGAUCAAAUUCACACGAAGAAUCGGAUGGGACCUAAUUUCUUCUCUCAGGAUAGGGUGGACCGUAAACCAGUGGAUGAGGUGUUUCGUGGCCUUUUCCCAUUUGAAGCUUUCCUGGAUAUUUGGCGCAGGCGCUGUCCCUGUUGUCGGGUAAGCACUAAUCAGUCACUCCAUAGAAUUGCUGAUUCAAAAACCCAGCUGAACGAAACCUUGAUCCCGCAUUGUUUCGUGCAGUUAUACAUCGAGAGAGAGUAUAUAUGUUGGGUGAAACUGUUUGGUUCUGUAUGAUUUCUUAAUCAGACUGUAUAUUUCUUGUCUCAAUCGCCUAGUGCGAUUCCGGAUGAAAAUGCGUUGGACAUUUCGUGGGCAACUCUCAGAUUGAUUCUUACGCAUGCUCCGAUUGCUUUGUUGUCAUGCAAGGGCAGACUGUUCAUUAUCAUAAGGCCUCAUUUGGGAAGAACGCUGUUGGACAACUGGACUCCAGAAUUUCUUCCAUUGUUAUCAGUCUGCUUCCUGGAAGAACUCGUGUUAGAUUAUGUGUACUGAGGGCAAAAUUUCCAUAUGUUGCUAUCAACACAAGUUUGGAGUUCAUGAAAUUUAGACAUACACUACAAACUGAAAAAACCAAAGGCAUGGCUGAAGACAGCCAAGGAGAAUUAUCUGAUGAGGAUGAUGAGCUCUGUCCUGUUGAAUGUGUUAGAGAAUUCAGGACUGAUGAGGAAUUCUUCAGAAUCCUUGAAAAGGCCAAGGAAACUGAUUCUUUAGUUGUGGUAGAUUUUUAUCGGACUUCCUGUGGAAGUUGCAAGUACAUACAGCAGGGGUUUGCAAAAUUGUGCAGGGGAUCUGGUGAUCAAGAAGCUCCAAUAAUAUUCUUAAAGCAUAAUGUAAUUGAUGAGUAUGAUGAGCCAUCCGAGUUCGCUGAAAAACUUAGAAUUAAGGCAGUGCCCCUUUUCCACUUCUAUAAAGAUGGGGUCCUUUUGGAAGCAUUUCCAACUCGAGACAAAGAUAGGAUUGUUGCAGCUAUUCUUAGAUACUCAUCUCUGACUCCUCAAAGCUUUUGAAUUUAUCAAUUUGUGUUGUCAAAGUUUGUUUCUGUAUGAUGAUUUUUAUUGGUCAUAUAUAAGACUACUAGCCAUUGACUAUUUUGCUUAUGAUUUCAAGAUGUGUCACAUUUGUAAUAUAUUUUCGAAGAACAUAUUGAAAUCCUUCUCUCUACAUGAAUUCGAUUGAUAUUUAAUAGAUUAUGAUGUUGAAUGCU